AUGCAAUUUCAAUUCUCAAAUAUUAGCGGAAACGAAAACACAGUAAUUUUGCCACGUUCAGUAAUGGCAUUACUAUCAAAAUGUGUAUAUCUCUUAAUAAUCCAAUUUGUAUCAUUGCUAAAUUUAGCAACAGCCAUAAAACUUGAAGAUAUUAUCAUUGAAAAUGGAAUUGAUGAAGAAACUACGCUAACAGACGAUGAUUUUGCAAAAGCGCCAGAAGAAGAGUAUAACCUUACAUUGUUAGGUAUUCAAAUAAAAUCUGAUCCAACAAUGGGUAACAUGACUGAAGGCGAUAUAGUUUUACCAAGUUUUAAAGGAUUUAUUGAUUAUCGAAAUAGUCGUUUAGAACGAAGUGCUGUGAGACAAUUUUACAGACGUUGGCCAAAUUAUUAUUUUAGAAUUAGUUCACGUUGA